AUGGCGGAAGACGAAUCGAGAAUCUCCAUAGCCAAAACUUUCCGUGUGAAGCCGAAGCUCCGACCCACGUCAAAUAAAGCCACACCAACUCCAGAAUCCAAGUUCUGGAAGUCCUUCAAAAUCCCUAAAGACAUUGAAUUUACUCCAUCAAAGUCUGUAAUUUACCCUAUAACUUCAAUUGCGUUUUCCCCAAUUGCUCCUCAUGAUUUUGCCGCCACCCAUUCCGCUAAUAUUUCUAUCUUUUCUGGCAAAACCCUCGAGCCUAAGUCAACUAUCGCCUCUGCCUUUGCCGAUUCCGCAACUUCCGCCGCCUUCCGCUGUGAUGGGAAGCUUCUUGCUGCCGGAGAUUUGACUGGGACAGUUCAUGUCUUCGAUGCGAAGUCCCGGACCCAUCUCCGCCGUCUGAAGUGUCACUCCGCGGCGGCGCGUCUUGUGCGCUACCCACGCGCUGAUGAUAAGUUUCACUUAUUCUCGGGUGGUGAUGAUUCUGUUGUGAAGUAUUGGGAUGUUACUACUGAGACGUGUCUAUUUAAUCUUUUGGGCCAUAAGGACUAUGUCCGGUGCGGUGAUGCUUCCCCUGUGAGUGAUGAUAUGUUCGCAUCGGGAUCUUAUGAUCACAAGGUAAGGAUUUGGGAUGUUCGGGUUUCGAAUUCAGGGUCUGUUAUGGAACUAAACCAUGAAAAACCUGUUGAAAGUGUGCUUUACUUGCCGUCUGGUGGCUUAAUUGCUACUGCAGGUGGUAAUUUUGUGAAGAUAUGGGAUGUGAUUGGAGGUGGAAAAUUAUUGUAUUCAAUGGAGAGUCAUAACAAGACUGUGACUUCGCUUUGCAUCGGGAAAAUUGGAAAAGAAAGUGGAGAAGAGGCUCAGCAGUAUAGAAUUUUGAGUGUUUCAUUAGAUGGUUAUAUGAAGGUUUUCGAUUAUGCAAAGUUCAAGAUUACUCAUUCCAUGAGGUUUCCAAAUCCUCUUUUGUCAGUUGGAUUCUCGCCGGACUGUUCAACGCGGGUGAUUGGGACUACGAAUGGAACUUUUUAUGUCGGAAGGAGGAAAACGAAAUUGGAGAGUGAUGGCCCGGGAGAUGUUGUUGGGUUGGGAGAUGUAGAGGUUGACCCCGAGAGAAGGGUUAUAAGGCCUACUUAUUUUAGGUACUUCCAUCGAGGGCAAAAUACGAAGCCUUCAGAAGGGGAUUACUUGAUUACGAGACCAAGGAAAUUGAAGUUUGCCGUGCAUGAUAAGUUAUUGAAGAAGUUUAGGCAUAAGGAGGCAUUGGUGGCGGCUUUGAGUGGGAAGAAUACGGAGAAUGUGGUGGCUGUUAUGGAGGAGUUAGUGGCUAGGAAGAAGUUGCUGAAAUGCGUAUCUAAUUUGGAUGAAGAAGAGCUCGGAUUGUUAUUGGGAUUUCUGCAGAAGUACUCUACAAUGCCAAGAUAUGCCGGGUUUUUGAUGAGGUUCACGGAGAAGGUUGUUGAAAUGCGAGCUGAUGAUAUAAAAUCUUCUGAUCAAUUAAGAGGUAAUAUUAGAAAUCUGAAGCGAGAUGUUGAAGAGGAAAUCAGAAUACAACAGUCCAUGCAAGAAAUACAGGGUAUUAUAUCUCCAAUGCUUAGGAUUGCUGCAAGGAGAUAA